AGUGUGCUUCAGGAAUGCAUGCUGCCCGCUGGAUAUAUAGCCGCCUGCCAGCAAGCUGCUCUUAGUGUAGGACCAGGAGCUGCACUGGAACUUCAGGUCACUUCAGGGAGAGAAGCUCAGAGGAACACUUUCACUUCAUAAUUCAGUGGAGCCUGACUAAACACAGAAGGCUGGAAGAACUGGGACAAUGAAGAUCACCGGGGUCCUUCUUCUCAUUUCUAUGCUACAAGUGAUACACUCCUCCAUAGACACAUUAGUAAAGCUCAAAAACAAUGGAUAUGAAGACAUUAUCAUUGCAAUAAACCCAAAGAUUCCUGAAAACAAAAAGAUCAUCGACAGCAUAAAGAAAAUGGUGACGGACGCUUCUUCCUAUAUGUUGCAAGCUACAGAAAAUAGAGUCUAUAUUAGGAGUGCAAAAAUUCUAAUCCCCAAUACCUGGUCCAGCAACAGCACAUAUGGCCGGCCGAAAACAGAGUCUUAUGACAAGGCUGAUGUUAUCAUAGCUGAUCCUUUCAUUUACGGCGAUUUUCCUUACACCUUGCAAUACGGUGGCUGUGGAGAGAGAGGAAAAUACAUUCACCUUACACCAAACUUUAUACUGAAUGACAAGAUACUGCGGAUAUACGGACCCAGAGGAAGAGUGUUCGUACAUGAAUGGGCCCACCUUCGAUGGGGAGUUUUUGAUGAGUACAAUGAAAACAUUCCCUAUUAUGUCAGUAAACAAGGCAAUGUCGAAGCAACAAGGUGUCCUCUGACCUUGGGUGGAGUAAAUAAAGUUGAUAUUUGCAUAGGACCAAAAUGUGAUAAAGUAGACUGUGAAAUAGAUGAACAAACUGGAGUCUUUGAAGAGGAAUGUGCAUUUUAUCCUAAGGUGGACCGAAACGUCCAUGAAUCCGUUAUGUAUGGACAAGCGCUGGAACCUGUCCAUUCAUUCUGCAAUGAGCAAUCUCAUAAUAGAGAAGCCCCCAAUCAACAAAACAGGUUGUGUAACCAGAAGAGCACAUGGGAGGUGAUAAUGAAUUCUCCUGACAUGAAGCAAAGUGCGCCGUUAGACAACAGCAACAUCCCUGACCCUACGUUCACCAUGCUGCAGUACAAGGACAGAGUUGUCACCUUGGUUCUUGAUGUUUCUGGAAGUAUGGGUGGGUACGACCGCAUUAACCGCCUGUACCAGGCCUCCGAAGUGUACAUCAUGCAAAUCGUUGAAUCCGGGUCCUACGUUGGAAUUGUCAUUUUUGAAAAUUCUGCAGCAAUUAAAUCUGAACUGGUUAAAAUUGUUGACACCUUCCAGCGUGAACAACUGAAGACGCUUCUCCCAAAAAUAGCAAAUGGUGGCACAAACAUUUGUGCUGGGGUUCGCAUGGGAUUUGAGGUAAACAAAAAACUGGACGGUAGCACAUACGGUACAGAAAUAGUGCUGCUAACUGACGGAGAGGACUCGGGCAUCAGCAGUUGCUUUGAGGAAGUAAGAGCCAGCGGUGCCGUUAUUCAUACCAUUGCCUUGGGAAACAGUGCAGAUAAAGGAUUGGAAGGGCUAGCCGAUAUAACAGGGGGCUUAAAACUUUACGCCUCUGAUAACGUUGAUGCAAAUGGUUUGAUUGACUCGUUCAGUGGGAUCAAAUCCAGCAGCGGAGAUGUUAUACAGCAAUCCAUUCAGAUUGAAAGUACUGCAACAACAAUCCAAACAAAUAAAUGUCUGACUGGGAAAGUGUCCAUAGACAGCACAGUGGGCAAUGACACUUUCUUUCUGGUGACAUGGAGCAGUCUGCUCCCGAACAUUGAACUAAAAGAUCCAAAAGGAAAAGAAUAUAAGAACGCCCAAUUUGUCAGUGACACUACCUCAAAAUCAGCUCGACUCAUGAUCCCAGGCACAGCAGAGCCAGGAGACUGGGAAUACAGCCUAUGUAAUACUCAUACAGAUCAAGUUCUCGGUUUGACAGUAAAUUCCAGAGCAGCGAAUCCGGACGUGCCCCCGAUCAUUGCUGAAACGUACAUGAACGCUGACACAAACACCUUCCCUGCUCCAAUGAUUAUCUACGCCACAGUCACCCAAGGACUCGCUCCAGUUUUGGGAGCAAAAGUUACUGCUUAUAUUGAGCCACAGACUGGAAAAGUGAUAACUCUGCAGCUUUUGGACAAUGGUGCAGGUGCCGAUAUUAUCAAAGAUGAUGGCAUAUAUUCCAGAUUUUUCACCGACUUCACUGGAAAUGGCAGAUAUAACUUAAAAGUACGUGUUGAGAGUCAAGACAAAGACGGCAAAACCACCUUACCAAAAAGCCGGGCGCUAUACCUCCCUGGUUAUGUUGAAAAUGGUACCUUGGUUUCUAACCCACCAAAACCAAAAGUUACAAUUGAUGAUCUGAAUUUGGGAAAUUUUAGCCGUACGGCUUCAGGGGGUGCCUUUGUAGUGUCAAACGUGCCGUCCGGCCCCUUACCAGAUGUUUUUAAGCCUAGCAAAAUCACUGAUUUGGAAGCAGUCAUUAAAGACAUGCAAGUUAAAUUGAGCUGGACAGCAACCGGUGAUGAUGAAGAUAAAGGAAAUGCUACCAGAUAUGAUUUACGAAUGAGUCUCAGCAGCGAGGAGCUCGUGGACCACUUUGCAAACGGCACCGCUAUCAACAUCUCCAGUCUUACACCAUCACCAUCUGGUUCAAGAGAAGAAUUUAGUUUUACUCCUCAGAAUAUUACUAUCAAGAAUGGCACCAUUAUAUAUUUUGCCUUGGUCGCUAUAGACAAGGCAGAUCAGAAGUCAGAGCCAUCUAAUGUGGCAAGGGCAGCUCUGUUCAUCCCAGCACCAAAACCUCCCACAAUCAAACCGGGUAAUUCGGCCAACAGCAUAUUUGGAACAGGAAACGUAUUGAUUUUGACUCUUGUGAUGACAAUAGCUGCUUUCCAUCUCCGAAGAACACGUUGAAUGUCAUGAUGCAAGAUUCUGGACUGAAGCUACAGAUAGUGGGACUGUACAGAACAUGUAUAGACUAUACUUUUCAAUCAGACUUUAUACUGGUUGGAGGUGACAGCCAGUACCAUGCAAUAACAUUUGAUGACAAGGGGCUCAAACUAGGAGACUCAAACUACUUUAAAACCCAAAGUCUUAUCUCAUCCAGCUUUUUGCUGGUCAUUUUAGUUCUGUAGAAAUUACCAAUAUCCUUAAAGGCAAAAGUAAGAUGGCACAGCAGUAUGAAAAGCUCCAAAGACUGUCCUUGGUAUGUCUUCAAUAACUGUGGACAUGGGGGGGGGGGGGGGGCAAAUGGUGUAUAUAAGUAAAUACCGGGACAGCCACCCACCCAAUAUUUAAAACUUAGUAUUCCUAUCUCAGACAACUGUGCAGUAAAAAAUGCUGUGAACGAUGUAUAAAAGAAAUUUGUGGAUGGACCUCCUAGUUGCUCCCUUUGCCUCAACAGAUUUCAGUUGGCUCUGAAAACCUAAGCGUACGGCCACGCAGAGGUUUUCGGAUGAGGUUUUGAUCUGCAAGAUUUUUUGCCAAAGUUAUAAGUGGAUUUGAAAGGAGUAGGAUUUAUACUUCUCUUUCCUGGUGGAUCCACUUCUGGCUUUGGCUGAAAAUCCUGCAGGAAGAUCUGCCUCAAAACCUCCUCCAAAAAACUGUGUGGCCGUACUGUAGGGGCGCUGCCACACAUACACGUUUCUUAUGCAGUUUUUGAAACCAAAAUCAGGUGUGAAUCAUAAAAGGAAAGAAAGUAUUUUAAAAACAAUACAUUUUCCCCUAAAAUUAUUUGUUUGGAUAAAAAUGCCCCUGUAUGAAAUGAGAGGCACACAAGGGGCAGAAGCUUUGGAGAAUGACUGAGCUGUAAUAGGUACUGUGCACGAGGCUCUGAAGUACAUGUGUAUACAUAAGUGCUAAUUUUACAUUGCUUCUUUCGUGUUAAAGGGCACGUGUCAGCAGGAUCAACCCUAUUAAACCAGCUAUAACGCCUAGUAGGGCGGACACUAUUGUUUAAAAACAUAACUUUCUCCCCCCUAAUCCAGUUCUGCGUUUAGGAGAAAUAUGUUUUUUUAAAUAUGCAAAUUAGGGAUUACGUUCACUGAGGAUGGGCCAUAGCCAUCUGGGGCACCUUGGCUUCUUUGCUCUGCUUCCCUGGACACUCCGCUCACCACUUGAUUGACAAGAUUAGGCAUCCAGGUGAAGGGCAAUGUGUCCAGGGAAGAGAGAAGCCAGGGUGCUAGAACCUGCCCUUCUCGGUCCUCAAGGUAUCAAUAGAUCGAGGAAGAAAUGUGUGGAGGAUCUGACCUACCAGGCAUUACGGCUGGUUUAAUUGGGUUGAUCCUGCUGACAUAUGCCCUUUUAAGAGAGUCUUAUUUUAAGCAACUUUUGCCCAAAAAAAUUGAUAUUUGUAGUUAUUAUCAAAGUGCAUCUAUGUUUCUGAUCUUCUCCCCAUUAGUCCUGCUGGACCAGAGGGCUAACAACAGGAAAUUGCCAGUUUAAUGGGAAUUGUUUAAAGCAUUAUCUUUGCCCUAAAUUGGGGAUUGGAGAGGAAUAACUUAUUUAGUACCACCUCAUUUUUCUUUCUUAUUUAAGCAAUCUCAGUUUCGCUCUAGAGUAGUGAUCCACUGGAUAUGUUCUUGUGCACCUGUUUAGGGACAGAUAUACUGAUAUUUAUACUGGUUUAUGAUGCUGAACAAGGAGCACUGGAAGCCAGUAUCCAUGUCUUGCAGAAAUGGAAAUAUUAGGGAACUGUACAAAUCAUGGAUGUACAAUUGCAUCAUGUAUAUAUUUAACAAAUAAAGUAUAAAUCUAACAAAGGGAAACAGUCAGCAGUUUCAUGCUACCUGCCGACAGGCUCCCUCUUUACAGAGAACUAGGUUGUCAUCUGAAAUGCUGUGGUAUUAGACAAAAAAACUAUAUUUUAAAAAGAGCUGGGCAUGGGGACAUGUGUGUGCCGCUCCCCUACAUCUUCUCCACACCCUGCUCCGCUUGAUUGACAUCCUCUUUGCGUAAAGGCGGGAGACCUGUCAAUCAAAUAAAGUCAAGGCAGGGAGAAACCAAAGGGGACACUUCUCCGGGGCCCAGCUUUUUUUAAAACUUAAGUUUUCUAUUAAACAUCACAGAGCUUCAAAGUAAUAUAUCCUCCUCUGUAAUGAGAGAGACUGUCAGUAGGCAGGAAAACACUGCUGAUAGUUUCCUUUAAAGGAAAAUACACAAUUUACAUCUAAAGUGCUCAUUUUAAUCCUUCAGGCUGGCGAUCUUUGGCACCAGGUACAAAUCACAGUAAAAUUGCCAUGUCAGGGAUUUUUUUUUUACAGUUUUAGCAAGGUCAACUCUGACUUUUUUUUCUCCCACAAUGAAGCUGUUUUACUGCGCUUUUACCACUAGAGAGCCCCAGCCUAAUGAGCCAGAUAAAAAAAAAAUAUAUUGAUUACCAAUACUGGAGGACUUGCUAUUAAAUAAUUACAAUGUGAACCUCAAAAUGGUGAUAAUAAAAAAGAAGUAACACAUAAGGUUACUGCCAGAUAAACACUGCAAAAAAAUGGAAAAACAUACUACUUUUUGCUGAUGACUACUACCACUUCAUACAGCGUGCAGCCCCUGAGUUUGGCUGCUCAUUGCCAAAGUCUUAAAGGGAAUGUAUCAUCAGAAAAUUGCCUACUUUCUUACCCACAUUCUUAUGUUAAAGAUAUUUUUGGGGAUUUUUGUUUUAAUUUUCCAUGUUAAUGUCUAUAUUUAAAAAAAAUCUAAAAUCACGCAAUUUUCGCACUGGCCACUAGGCCUGAUAAGUCAAGACUUCCUGUUCUGUACAAGUAACUUUUCAGUAGCCAUGGCACUGUCAUCACAGGCAGAAUUACAAUGACAGAUCCACCAUUCACAAUAGGUGAUAUCACAUUCCUAGAGAAAUCUCACAUGGAAGUCAUUGAGAUCUCCUCCUGUCCAUUGUGUCCAUGUGGCUGCUCUCAAGGAAUAGAAGGUCUUGAUAUAUUUUAAGAUUAUUGGCCAAUGCAAAAACUACAUGAUUUUAGAAUAUUUUGUUAAUACAGAUACAUAGUGACAAGGAAAAAUCUAAAAAAAAUGUUUUAACAUAAAAACUUGAUUUAAAUAAUAGGUCAUUUUAUGAUCAAAAUGAAGUGAUUCCAGCACAACAGCCACCUAAAAAGUAACUUUUAUUGAAUCCAACAUUAAAUCAUCCAAAUGCAGGGCAGAUAGGACAAAAGGCUUGCACAUUUUGGCCAUUUGUGUUAAUCAUAACCAUAACAGGUAAUUUUCUGAUGACACAUUCCCUUUAAAGGUCUACCUUAGCACAAUGUUAGAAACGUUAGCAAAGCUUGUAGAAUAUAUCCGAACAGCUCAGACCUAAGAUCUUAGAAAAGAUCUGCAGCAACAAUAUCUGCAGAAAACCCUUAUUACAAUGACUUUAUGUUUUUGAGGUGUGGUGGUUGUAUUCAAAUCUGUCAAAUACCUCAAAUAAAUGUGAAUAAAACCUUUAAAGUG